UUCAGCGGCUCCACGUGGGUGUAUGCAUGUUACAGGGGAAGUAAAUAAGUUGUAGCGGUUAAAACAGAUAAUACAGCUGUCAAAAUACAUAUAAAAUCAGUUUUAUAGAAAUAAUUCCGCUAUUAAAAAUUCACAUCAGAGAGAAUCUCCCUGAGACUCUGUAAUGACAUGCUGAGGAGCUCCUGUCGGAUCAUUAACAAUAUAUUAUCACGACAUUUACUACAGUCCUCAAAAUUAAAGGGUGACCAGACUCGUGUGUUUUGCACGUUUUUCAACAUGACUGAGGAUUCAGUCAAAGCUGUGAAAAGAGCAGCAGAUGAUGAUGAUCCGCACGCCGAAACCGAGCAUGAAGACAAGAAGCUGAAAACAGACCCGGAGGAGAGGAAGUACCCCAAGAAAAAAGUGGCCCUGCUGAUGGCGUAUUCGGGGAAAGGGUAUUAUGGGAUGCAGAGAAAUGCAAGAAACUCACAGUUCAAAACGAUUGAGGAUGAACUGGUCACUGCUCUUGUUGGAGCUGGAUGUAUCCCAGAAGGCCAUGCAGAAGAGAUGAAGAAGAUGUCUUUCCAGAGGAGUGCACGAACUGAUAAGGGUGUUUCCGCUGUUGGUCAAGUUGUUUCCCUGAAGGUGUGGAUGAUUGAGAACAUCCUGGAGAAAAUCAAUGCUCAUCUGCCACCUCAGAUCAGAGUUUUAGGUUGCAAAAGAGUCACCGGUGGCUUCAAUUCCAAAAACAACUGCUACGCCCGCACCUAUUCCUACAUGCUCCCGACUGUGGCCUUCUCCCCAAAAGACUAUAACCAGGAGGACACGUCUUUUCGUCUGACCCCAGAAACUCUUCAGACGGUCAACCGGCUAUUCGGCCUGUACAAAGGCACCCACAACUUCCACAAUUUCACCUCACAGAAAGGUCACCGGGACCCCAGUGCCAUGCGUUACAUCACCCACAUGUCCUGCGGAGAGCCGUUCAUCAGAAAAGACGCUGAAUUUGCCGUCAUCACAGUGCGAGGCCAGAGCUUUAUGAUGCACCAGAUCCGCAAGAUGAUCGGCCUCGUGAUCGCUGUGGUUAAAGGAUACGUGGAUGAAGGGGUGAUGGAGAAGAGCUGGGGAGAGGAGAAAGUUGGUGUUCCCAAAGCUCCAGGGCUCGGGUUGGUGCUGGAGCGUGUGCAUUUUGAUGGCUACAACAAACGUUUCGGUGGAGACGGCAUUCACGAGACUCUGGAAUGGACCAAGGAGGAAGAAACCAUCGCGGAUUUUAAGGAAAAGCACAUUUAUCCGACUAUCGUGGAGACCGAGCUCAAUGAGAAGUCAAUGGUGAAUUGGAUGACGUCGCUGUGCAUUCAUGAUUUCGAAGAGACGGCCACAGGAAAUCAAGACCGCAAAGAUGAUGACGAAGAUGGAAAUGCAUCUGACUGAACCAAAGGAAACAGAUCUCCUUAUUUUGUUUUACUUUUGUGAGAAUUCAGUUCCUAUGUUUGCAUUAUUAUAAUUCUGAAAUUAA